UCAAAUCAACUUUAUUUGUAGAGCACUUUUCCUGCAAGGAGAUGCGACACAAAGUGCUUUCCAGAAUUAAAACAAUUACCACAAUUAAAAAGGAAAACAAUGAAGAAAAAAGAAAGCCCCUCCUUCCCACCCUCCAUACUAGACCCACACACACACACACACCCAUCCACCCACACACACACACACACACGCAAGCACACAAUCACCCACAUUAGGGAGACAUGGCAUGGUACUGAGGAACAAGGAAACGCCACCUUUGGGGCCGUCCACACUGGGAGAAGCUGCAGGCCGUGCCAUCGGAGGACCAGCACCCGGGCCCUCCGACUCCGUUAGACGGGCGGACCCCCACAUUAAAGGGAGGAACCCCCCAGCCGGCCGUGUCGAAGGGACCCAAGGAUGGCACCCCCUCAGCAUACCCAAACAGCCCCCAGUGUGGAGGACCCCCCUGAGGAAACACUGGAGCUGGAGCUAAAAACUAAGACCAUAAAAUAGGACUAAAAGAUAAAACAUAACACUGGAGUUAAAAACUGAAGAUUAAGAGCAUAAAAUAGGACUAACAAGAUAAAAACAAAACACUGAAGUUAAAAGGUGAAGAAUAAGAACAUAAAAUAGGACUAAAAGGAUGAAAACAUAAUAAAAGCUUAACAAUAUUAGUUAAAAGCCUGAUUAAAAAGGUGCGUCUUUAAUCUUCUUUUAAAAAUAUCAACAGUCUCCACAGUCCUGAGGCUCUCCGGCAGGCUGUUCCACAGGUGGGGGCCAUAGUGGCUAAAUGCUGCCUCACCGUGGGUUUUUGUUCUGGGUUUUGGUUUCGCUAAAAGGCCAGUGCCGGAGGACCGCAGGGACCGCGGGGGUUGAUAUGGUAAAAGCAGAUCAGAUAAAUAAGAAGGGGCAAAGCCGUUAAGACAUUUAAAAACCAGUAAGAGAAUCUUAAAAUCGAUCCUGAAGCGGACGGGGAGCCAAUGCAGCGACUUUAAAACCGGUGUAAUGUGCUCCCGCCCUCUGGUCCUCGUCAGCACACGUGCGGCUGAGUUCUGUAAUAAUUGGAGAUUUAAAAUACUUUUUUUGGGAAGACCAGAGAGCAGGGCAUUACAGUAAUCUAAACGACAGGAUAUAAAAGCAUGCAUUAGCACCUCCGUGCUGGCCUGAGAGAGAAACGGGCGGACUCUGGCUAUGUUCUUAAGGUGAUAAAAACCUAUUUUUGUUAUAUUUUUAAUAUGUGGGAUAAAAUUUAGCUCAGAGUCAAAAAUCACGCCCAAAUUUUUGACAGAGUCGGCUAGUUUAAUAUCCUGUAAUUUUGGUAAAAGUUUCUCUCUCUGGCCUUCAGGACCUAUGACUAAAACCUCAGUUUUGUCCUGGUUGAGCUGCAGGAAAUUCUCUGCCAUCCAUGACUUAAUGUCUACAAUGCAGUUAAAAAGGGCAUCAAGUGGCCCUGAGUCAUCAGGAGACACGGCGAUGUAUAGCUGUGUAUCAUCAGCAUAACUAUGGAAGCUGAUGCCGUGCCUCCUGAUCACGUCCCCAAGGGGAAGCAUGUACAGAUUAAAAAGGAGUGGACCUAAGAUUGAGCCUUGAGGAACCCCACAUUCAAUUUCAUGGGUUCCUGAGGAACAUGUAUCCAUACUUACAUAAAAACAUCGGCCUGUGAGAUAAGAACAAAACCAGUUAAGAACAGUACCAGAGAGGCCGACCAGGUAUCUAAGUCUAUUUAAUAAAAUGUGAUGGUCCACUGUAUCAAAAGCAGAGCUUAGAUCCAGUAGAACCAAGACUGUGAGGUUCUUGUUAUCCAAAUUCCACCUGAUGUCGUUUAAAAUCUUUACAAGUGCUGUCUCGGUACUGUGGUUCCUCCUAAAGCCAGACUGAUGUUUCUCUAAAAUGCUAUUUCUGUUUAAAAAGUCAUUAAGUUGGUAAAAAACCAGUUUUUCUAAAAUUUUACUUAAAAACGGCAAGUUGGAUACGGGUCGGUAAUUAUUAAGAUUGUUGGGAUCUAAAUUGCUCUUCUUCAGAAGGGGCUUCACCACCGCCGUUUUGAAGGCGGUGGGGAAGACACCCGUCUGAAGAGAGCAAUUCAAGAUGUUUAAAAACUGCUCCUCAAAGAAUCCAUAAAGUGAUUUUAAAAGUGAUGUGGGAAUUGGAUCUAAAAGGCAGGUUGUUGGGCUUACUUGGGAGAAAACUCGACCAAGUGUCCUUGCAUCAACCAGGGCAAAACUCUCCAGUCUCUCCUCAGGCAAGGACAACAGUCCAGGUGUGGUAACAGAAAAAACUUUCUGGGGUAACAGGCAGGAUCUGAUGUCCUUGAUUUUAGUUCUGAAGUGGUCUGCAAAGUUUUCACAAAGAUCGUCUGUUGGUGUCUUAAAAACUUUAUUAAAAUUUGUGCCUGUUAAAAUAUUAAAGGUGGAGAAGAGGAACCGGGGAUUGUUUUUAUGGUUGGAAAUGAGUUGUGAGAAAUGGGAAAUUCGUGCCUUUUUUACUGUAUUAUUGUAGGUUUUGAGUUGUUGACAUAAAAUCUCGUAAUGAACUGUCAAUUUAGUUUUUCUCCAUCUUCUCUCAGCACUCCUGCAUUUUCUUUUCAGUUUAUUGAUCUCAUCGUUAUUUCUCCACGGGGGUGUAGGUUUCCUUUUUAUUGUUUUUGUUACAAGUGGAGCUACUGAGUCCAGAGUUGACUUCAGUUUACUGUUAAAAUUAUCAACGAUAAAAUCACAAGGUGCAGGUAAAAUUUCAGCAGGAGUGCUCUGUAAAAUCUCAAUAAAAUUUGCAGCCACUUCAGAAGUUAGAUAGCGUCUCCUCACUGUUCUCACCGGGGCCUCCUCCUGGUUAAAACUGGUGAUGCUAAAAAAUACACAGUAGUGGUCGGACAUAGCCAGGUCAACAACAGAGGACACACCGAUGGACAGGCCAUGGGUUAUGACCAGGUCCAGGGUGUGUCCUCUGUUGUGAGUUGGCUGUGUGACGUGCUGCUUAAAAUCAAGACAAUUUAAAAGGUUUAAAAACUCUCUGGAUAUUGGAUCCGAGGUGUCAUCAACAUGUAGAUUAAAAUCACCAGAUAAUAAAAUCCUGUUAUAAGAAGUGUGAAUGAUUGAUAAAAAUUCCGAGAAUUCACUAAUAAAAGAACUAGAGUGAUGGGGUGGUCUGUAUACAGUGACACAAAGAAUCGGAGGGCUGCUAAAAGUAAAGGCAUGGUGCUCAAAUGACUUGUAACUGUUAAAAUACACUCCAUUUGAGGUCAGUGAGUCAUUUGUGAUGGAUGCCGUCCCACCUCCUCUUUUACCCUCUCUAGUAGAAUAUAAAAAAUUAAAAUUUGGUGGGCAGGCCUCAGUGAGAACAACGGAUGCGUCAGUACCAAGCCAUGUCUCAGUUAAAAGAAGACAGUCUAACUUAUUAUCUAAAAUCAUAUCAUUCAUUAAAAAGGUUCUAUUUAAAAGAGAGCGGACAUUAAAAAGUGCUACAUUGAUGGUGACAGGUGGCUUGUUGAUCAUGGAGGUGGGGUAUGGGUGUCUAUUGAGUGGUCGGAGGUUAUGAGGGUUCACAGGGUGAGUAUGGCGGUGUCUGAUGUGUCGAUAUAGUGUAAUGAUUACUGGAAUGGAAGUAGUGUUGAUGUAAGUUUGAGGUCCAAGUCCAGUAUUAUGUGUAUGGUAGUCAGAGGUGGAACUGAGUGAAUAGGAGCAUGGACCUGGGGGACAUCAAUCAGAGUGGGACAGAGCAACAGGUGUGGGUUUGGGGAUGAUACCAUGUUGAAGGCCAAAAGUCAGGUUGGAUGAGAGCAUGCGGGCACCUCCUCUGUUAAGAUGAAGCCCGUCAGGUCCAAAGAGGUGUCGUCUCUCCCAGAAAACAUCAAAGUUGUUGAUGAAGCCGACGUGGUGGGAGUUGCAGGCAGAGGAGAGCCAGGUGUUGAGACUCAGCAGACGGCUGAAUCUGCCGAUCCCUCUGCCGCAGGUGGGGGUGGGGCCAGAAAUAAAAACAGUCACUUUGGACUGUGAAAUGGAAUUAAAAAGGUGUCUAAAGUCCUGUUUUAAAAGUUCGGACUGUUGCCUGGCGAUGUCGUUCGUACCUGCGUGGAUAAUAAUCCUUUUCGCCUGCGGAUGAGAGUUCAGGAUGUCUGGUAUUUUCCCGGUUACGUCGGAAACGGUGGCUCCGGGGAACGACAAAGUUAACGCCUCCCUCAUGCGGACAUGCCUCACAAUGGAGUCCCCGAUGACCAGGGUUGUCGGAGCGGCCGCUCGGUCUUCAGGGGAACAGGCCAGCUCAGCCACCCCACCACCCAAACCAGGGCCCCGUGUGUGAUACCUCGCCAGGUGGGAAGAGCGGGACGAGUGGGACGAGUGGUGGCGCACCGCAUCCCUCACGAGCUGCUUACGCCGAGUUGCGGAGCGGGUCGGCUCCUGUGCCGGCAGACGGCUCCCUGUUGGACACCCACCAACCGGAGGGCUGCUGGCCGUGAGUGGAGGGAAGGUUGUGGUGUCCGUCAGCGGGGGCAUGGUGCCUGUGGCCACAGCAACAGAUGUUGACUCUUGGUGUGGGUCCCGGGUCGCCGACUUUUCGCUCACGGACAGAGCCGUGUAUUUAUUGGAGAGCGGUAACGGAGGAGAAGCAGCCCCGCCGUGAGUCCCGCUCGGAGCCCUCUUCCGCCCGCGGACAACCACUUCGGUCCAGGGGGUCCCCUUGUUUGGAGUGGAGCAGGCGGGCCGCCGACAGGGGGAGGACGGGUCCCAAAGAACCGUUUGCCCGAGCACGGAGGUGGUGUUCGGCGGAGCGAACUCACCGAAUCGAGAGGUCUCCAGCCAGUUGGUCAGCGUCGGGAAACGGGUCUUGAGGGAGAUCAGCACUGAAUCCUUCCUCUGGAGUUCAUUUGACAUCCGCUCGAUGUCCUCGAGAAGGACACCUGGAGCAUGACGAGCUAACGGAGAAGGGCCAUUGAAGCAAAGUGAAGGCUAUGGAGUGGAAAACUGCAGUGUCCAGGGACAGAAAUAGCAACAAGGUGGGAUGCUGAUGAUGAUGCUGGGUUUGAUCCUCUGCUGCGCCAUUGUGACCGAGGCCUGUCUGCAGUGUGACCGCAGCAUCAGGAACAUGCAUAUAGAUUUUACUUUGCACGUUGUCAAUGUGCGCGACCAGGUAAAUCUGAAAACUAUUAUGGAAGCAGCUCAUGCAUCUUACAAAGAAGAAAGCCAGAAAAAGAAGGGCGUCAUAGAUCCCAGCACCUUGUACAAAGCCAAAACGGAGUACCAGAAUGAAUUUAAGCACUUCCUGAAACAGCAGCAAAGAGGCUCUAUCACAUCAGAAGCCAUUCAAAUCAUGAACAAAGGCAAGGAAAUCUUAAAAAAACACUUGGAUACGUUCAUCAGAGAGGGAUUGUGCCCCAACAAGUGUGGUCUCCUGAACAGAAGAGUAAUGGAUUGUAUCACAUGCAAAUACAAGAUGUACAGCUGCCCAUCUCCAUCUGGCCAAGAGGAUUGUGGUGAAUACCAAGUGAAGGCUGAAGAGGAAGGCCAGGCUGUACUGGACUGUUACCAGCCAUGGCAUUCUCUUCUAUUAGGGAGUCGAGAGUACCACUACUCCUGGGCCGCUGGUGUACCAAAAGACAAGAAGCUCAGUGAGAGUGACUUCAAAGAUUUGGUUGUGAUGGAGGACUCAUUCAUGGUGUUAAAUCAGCUACAAUUGGACGACCAAGGCACAUAUCAGUGCUCACUGCAGGGAAAGGACGGGACCAAGUUCUACCAAGUUAGAUACCUCCUCACAGUCACUCCCAAGCCGACUGAAAUAACCCGACCUGUCAUGACACUGCCUUCGCUGUCUCCUGACGACGACGAGUCGUUUUUUCAAUCCUCUGAGGGCGUGCUGGUGCCGCUCAUGGCAACAGUCACUGCUUUAAGUCUGGCAGGGUGCCUUGUCUUCGCUUUUGUCCUUGGAAAGAUGAUUAUUAAGAAACACACAACAGACAAUGGCGAGGAAAGCGGAGGAAGAAAAUAACACCACAUUUUCAGAGAGGAAACUUGAAACUAAGUGGGAACCUGUGAGAGGAAACUUGAAACUAAGUGGGAACCACUUCCCCACCAGCUACUUUCAUAUGACUUGCCUGUCUGUGUCUCACAUGUGUGCUUCAUUUUGUUGUCAUAUAACAUUGAUAAAAUGGGAUACACAAUGUGGAUCGUUGCCUGUUUUUGUCCUUGUUGCAACAGUACUGAAAGCUUCCCCUAAACUUUCUGUCGAUUGUCACCAAAGCUAAUUAGCCGAGUAAAUAUGACUAUAAAAAUAUAUAUUUUUUAAUUUUUAAAUCAAAGACCAAUCUUUGGUUUGACUUGUUUUUGGCAGUAAAAGUUCUAAACAUCCAUAUUGACCAACCAGCAGACACAGGGAGAACAUAAACUCCCAACAUGCACCUUGACAUUCUGAAGCACCAUAUGAUUCUUCUGUCUGUCCUGAUCUGGAUUACGAGGGCAGCAGUCUCAGUAGGGAAGUCCAGUUUCACAAGGGACAGGCACCGAGGCUGUGAGGUGCAGUUCAUACAGGGUGUCUUUGGUCUAGCCUGGGGCCUGUUCCCAGUUGGGCAUGCUCAAAACACCUCAUCAGAGAGGCAUCCGCGAGGCAUCCAAAAUAGAUGCCAGAACCACACACAAGUGUUGGCAUCAUUUGUUGUCAUGACGUGUUGGAAAACGCACAAUAUUUCCAACAAGUCAUGACAACAAAAGCACACACAGCAUGCUGUAUGUUCAUCAAUAAAUAUGUAGUCAAAACAUAUGAUUCAUCAUGAAUCAAAGCGUGCACACACACACACUGUCCACAUGCAUCAGAAAAAACCCCAGACACUGCUCAGCUUUCCGGAACCUCAGCAGCCAGCCAUAUCAAAGCUGCCCCCGCAGCAGGGCCAUGCCCCUCUGAAUGGGGGUGGUGUAGUCACAUAGGCGUCUUAGAGGAGGCGAAUGUCUGAAUUACAGUCAUUUAAUUAAUCCCAGAUAAUCCUCUCUGUGGGAAGGAGUGGAAUUUUGUAUUUCU